AUGCCUUCACGAUCAUCUCAAGAUCACAACACAGUUAGAAGUGUCGCUUGUGAGGAAGAGAUUGCAAACGACCUUCGUGAACUACGACGCAACCUCACUAGAGAGAUGGACUCCCUAAAUCAUGAAGUCGAUGAUGUUAGGGAAUGUCAACUCGAUCUAUCUAACAUGGUUGCUGAUUUGAAGAAUAAUUUCUGUUCAUUUCAAGCGUCAUAUGUCAACUCUGUUUUCAGAAAAAAGAAGUCGAAGAAAGUGAAAUGGGUCUUUGGGGUUUUUGUGGUUACUGUUGUUGGGGUUUUAACCUACAGGUUUUAUAAGUGA